UCAUUCCAAACCCUAAUUUGCAUCUGUUUUUUCUCUCUCUCCUCAAGACCUCUUUUCUAAUGGCGGCCGAGAUUGUCGGAAAUAAUCUCGAAAUGGCGAUGGAGAUUCUGUCGCAUCUUCCACCGGAGACUCUCCUCCGAUUUAAAUCCGUCCAGAAGUCCUGGUACGCCCUAAUCAACGACCCUCAAUUCGUAUCAAAAAAUUUAUCAAAUUCUCUUGAACACAAAUGCAUUUUGCUCAAGCGUGUAGUGACGAACAAUGCUGGAGAAGAGGAAAUUAUGCUCUCUAUCCUCAACUUUCCCUUCAAUUCAUCUAUGUCUGUUAUCGAUCUAGAUAUUCCAUACGAUGAGUAUUCCCGGUUUUAUAAAAUCAACGGUCAUUCUCACGGCUUAAUCUGUUUCGCCUGUGGUAGUUUUGAUAUUCUCCUAUGUAAUCCGGCAACUAGAGAGUUUCGUAAACUACCGCCGUCCAUUCUUCUUACCACUAGACCUUCCAAUAAUCCUGACACUCAUCGUUCAGCAAGGAACUCCAUUGGAUUUGGGUACGAUGCGAAAUCUAGGGAUUUCAAAGUUCUUAGGGUUGUGUAUUUUUUUAACGAUGCUAGGCAUUUUCUUUAUUAUAAAGCAGAAAUUUACCAUUUGAGCAAAGAUAGAUGGAGAGAAAUUGAAUUCCCAAGUUAUGGAUAUUCAAGUUAUACGCCUGAAUUUGAUUUGUAUCAUGAGGGAGUAUAUUAUUGGUGGGAGCGAAAUGGUAAAAAUAUACUGUCAUUUGACAUGAGCGAGGAGAUUUUUGGCAAAAUUUCCUUGCCAGAGAGUUUCAAUACGAAGAAUUUGAAUAGGGAGAAUUGCAAGAUUUUAGGGGUUUUAAAUGGAUCCAUUGUUGUCUUUGAUCAUGAGUGUGAAGUGAAUGAUGAAAAUACGUUCUAUAUUUGGGAGAUGAAAAAGGAUGAAUGCGGUGUUAUUUCGUGGUCAAACCUCUUGACAAUUGGCCCGAUUUUAGGAAUUCGUAAACCGUUGUUGUUUGUGAGCUCGGAUGAAGUUUUAAUGGAGGAUAACGAAGCGCAAGUGGUUUUGUACAAUAUUAAAACUCAACUGAUGAACGUGAUUCCAUUGAAAGGCCAAGGCAUUCUAAGAAGAUGUCAAGAAGCUACCUUUGUGACAAAGAAUUUGAUAUCUGUGAUGGGAGGAAAUAAUAGUAUGAGUUAUGUACGAUGAUGCAUGCCUCGUAAACUCUUUACACUUGUGUACAAGGCGUGCAUUGGAAGGUUGUUGUUGGUGUCUACUAGUUUUCAUUGCCCUCCUGUUUUAAAAAGAGAUAUUAUGUACCCAUUUACUUGCCUUUCUUUUUAUGUUUCCAUUCCGCUGUUA